AUGAAAGAGAUCUUAUCCGCCUAUGGAGUACCCAAGGAAACGGUGGAUGCCAUCAUGAUUCUGUAUCAGGACACCUGCUCUAUGGUUCGCUCCCCUGAUGGAGACACAGACUUCUUCGAUAUCAGUGCUGGAGUCCUCCAAGCUCCGGACAAGAACAAUGAACUUGGCUUUACCCUCGCAAAGCGGAAGAGCAAACGCUACCCAGCUAUGAAAAUAACAAAUGCAGACUAUGCUGACGACUUAGCAGUACUGGCUGAUGUCCUAAAAGAUGCAACAUUCCUGCUGCACAGCAUUGAAAGAACAGCAAAGGAGAUAGGGCUCUACCUCAAUGCAGAUAAAACAGAGUUCAUCUGCUUCAAUGAAGAUGCGUCAGAAGGGAUGAGGAGUCUUAAUGGUGAGAAGAUAAAGCAAGUGGACGAUUUUGAAUACCUGAGAAGCUACAUCACCUCUACCAAACAUGAUGUUAACAUCGGACUAGGAAAGGCGUGGGAUUCUCUAAAUCAACUGGACAAGAUAUGGAAAUCAAACCUUCCUGACGACCUGAAAAGAAACUUCUUUCGAACAGCAGUGGAGACUGUCCUUUUAUAUGAUUCAGUCUCCUGGACCUUAACAACACAUCUGGAAAAGAAAAUCGACGAAGCAUUCACUAGAAUGGAUCACCCCACAAAUGUAGAGCUCUACGGCCACAUCCUGCCAAUCAGUAAAUCAAUAAAGGAUGAGAUUCGCAGGGCAUUGUUGGCGCAGUAA